AUGGCUCCCAGCAUGUCCCUUCAUAGCGUUGUCGCGAUCCUCAUAUUAUCCACCGACUCAUCACCCGACUCCUCCAGGCUGUUUGCCAAAUACUACAAUCCUCCACAUGCCUCAGCUCAGCCACAGCACCCUCCGCAAUCGCAGCCAUACCCACACCUUAAGGAACAGAAAGCCUUUGAAAAGGGACUGUUGGAGAAGACAUCAAAGCAGACCUCAGAUGUUAUCCUCUACGAUAACAAAGUCGUGGUGUUCAAGAUGGAGAGCGACGUUAUGCUCUACGUGGUGGGCGGCCCAGAGGAGAAUGAGAUUCUGUUGUAUAAUGUUGUGUUGGCGCUGAGAGAUACGUUGAGCAUACUGUUAAAGUCUGUCUAUCGCCCCCACUUCUUCUCGCUGACAGCAACUGACAAGGGUGACUAUAGGAACUCGACAGACAAGCGCACAAUCAUGGAGAACUACGAUCUGGUCACUCUGGCCAUUGACGAAAUUGUCGACGAUGGCAUAGUUUUGGAAACGGACCCGGUGAUGGUGGCAUCCAGAGUGUCAAAGGCCCCUGCACAGGAUGCGCCAAAUAUGAAGAACAUUGAUCUGAGUGAACAAGGGAUACAGAACCUCUGGGAGUUUGGAAAGAAGCAGGGCAUGGAGUUCGUACGAAGAAACUUGUGA